AUGUACAAUUCUACAUCUCCCAUUUCUUCCUUCACACCUUCCUCACCUACUUUACCCUCUUCAUCUUCCUCUUCUAAUAAUAAUAACGAUAAUUUUGAGAACAAUGAUAUUAUAACAUCAUCAUCAAUUUCCAUACAAAAUCAACGAUUAUCACCAAUUCCAUUACAACGAUCUUCUUCUUUACAAUCACAACCUUCGUUAUUGAUAGAAAGACCAAACACGCCAACUUAUACACGUAAAUCUACAAGACAUUUAUCGCAACAAGAGCCUGAUACAACUGCUAUUUGGGGAUGGAUCUUAUUAAUUCUCACAUUUGUUAUAUUUGUGUUUAGUAUGUAUGCCAUUGUUUUUAGCAAGCUCAUACCAGAAACCGGAAAUAAGACAUUGGAUUUGAUUAAAAAAGAUGAAUAUUAUUGUUUGUUAAUUCCACUUACUUUACCUGUAACCAUAUAUGCUAUAUUUUGGAAUUGGUUAGUAAAUCAUGCAGAAUUAAAGAAUCAAUUUGAUGAAUUGAAAAAAGAGUUAAUUAAACAAUUUGAUAUUAAUAGUAAAUUCAUGACUUAUCAAUUGAAAGAGGGUAAUCAACAUAUCAUUGAAAAUAUUUUAAAUCAGUUGCUUCCCCAAAAUAGAAAAUAA